UACGCUCUGUUGACCCGGAGAGUCUGCACUAUAGCAUCGGCGGCGGUGGCGGCAGUCGCAGCCGAGGAGGAGACCGAGCCGAGCCUGUGUAUAUGUGUGUCUCUGUCUGCGGGCCGAAGAGAAGAGAGAGAAAAAAAGAAGAAACGCGACGCGCGAGUGCCAGUGUGAGAAAGAGCGCGUCCAGUAGAGAGACACACACUCGCGGGGGUGCAAUGUCCGCGAGUUAACCUGUGCUGUAGAGCAGCGAGUAUGUGCAGUAUUCGGAGACAGUAGGCGAUUUACCGAGGACUCGAGGCUUCUUCGCAUCAGACCGUAGCUGGCGACGAUGUGGAGCUCGGUGACGGCGGCCGGUGUGGAGAACGGUCCGGCGCCGCCGUCGCGCAGUAAGCACAGCGCGACUCUACUCGCCGGGCACGUCUACCUGCUGGGCGGUCGAAACGGCAACCUUCCACUCAAGGAUCUCUGGCGCUACAGUCUCGCGGAGAGCAGAUGGGAGGAGCUACAUCCCUCGGGAGAGAGGCCGCCGGCUUUGCAGGAGCACAGCGCUGUGGCGCACAAGGACUGCCUCUACGUUUUCGGCGGAGAGCUUGGAUUUUCGGCGGGCACGGAGACGCCACUUUGGUGCUACUCGGUUAAGUCGAACUCGUGGAGGAAGAUUAGAGCCCAGAAGGGAUGCGCGGUUCCUAGAGGCAGACGAGGCCACACGGCGCUGGUUCACCGCGGGCAGAUGCUGAUAUACGGGGGCUAUCAGGACCUACGGGGAAGUUCCUCGGAGCUGUGGGCCUUUCACUUUGAAACGGAGUCGUGGCACCUGCUGUCCUCGUGCGACACCGGCCCGCCGGCUCGGCACAAGCACUCCGCGGUGCUCCACGGCGACGCCAUGUACAUCUACGGCGGCAUGACGGACCUGCAGGAGCGAAGCGACUGCUGGAGGUGGGACGUCAAGGCUGCCUCCUGGUGUAUGCUCAAAAGCAAACCGGGACCUGGUCCGCUGCACGGACACGCGGCCUGUCGACUGCCCAGCUGUAUGCUGAUCUUCGGCGGCGAGAGCGCUGGACUGGCUACCAACGAGCUGUGGAGGUUUCACUUUGGAACGGAAACGUGGGAGAGGCUGAGCGUGACGGGUCCGAAGCCUCAGCCACGCGCGGAGAGCGUCGCCCUGGCGGUAUCGGAGCUCCUGAUACGCGGCAACGGCGUCGACAACAACCCGAGCAGUGGUACCGGCAGUUGUCUGCGGCCUCGACUGCGGAACAAUCAGCGCAGUAACAAGUGUCUCAGCUACGGGCGAGUCUCGCCUUGCGAUCCGGCACCUACUAGGCCCAGCUUCCUUCGCGAGAUCUCCAAGCUCUCGCAGAUCAAUCUGUCCAGGCUGAGCCAUCCGAACAAGUGCAGCUACUCGGUGCUCAGUGGUCAGGAUGACAACGAGCAGGACAGCCCGCAGGAGGCAAACUCGUACUAUCCUUUCCAGCAGGUAGACGUGGAGGUGGUCGAGCCGGCGACGGGUAUGGUCAAGUCCCGAAGCGCCAACACGUUGGCCCGACGUCGGCAGCGGAUGACCGAUCCGCAGCGCACCAGCAUGAUCGAGCCCCUGCUCAACAGCGGCAUGACGAGGGAACCGGUCUCGGUGCCGAAUUUUCGCGCCCUUACUCUGCCCACACCCGUGCUGACGCCUGUUGAGGCUGCGCGGCUCGUCUUCGUCGAUCCGGACGAGGAUACGGACGACGAGGAGAUACAGCAGAGGCGAAAGGAGCCGCCGAUCAGUCAGCUGAUCGAGCUGCCCGAGGAGGAGAAACGCGAUUUCGCCUCCCUGCACCAGGCCUGUCAGCCAUCUCACGGCGAAAGCUACAGCUCGCACUUGUACGAGGCUGUGCAGACGCCAAAGACACCCUGCACGAAGCUGCCGAACUCGGCGUCCGUGCGAUUCGCGGACCUCGAGGAAGGCGAGGAAUCCACGUCCGAUUACGCGAGCAUCGAGGCUCGCAGUCCUGGCGAUCCACUGGCGGAUGACGACUGGCCCCGUCGCGGGAAAAACUAUCGGGCCUCUUCCACCACGUCGCAGAGUCUUCGCGAGGGCCAGUUCGGCUUCUGCAACCCGAACUACCUGGGCCUGGAGAGCGGCGUGACUCCGACGACUCCCCACACGAACAGCAGCAGCGCCUACGACAGCGGCCUCGCGGACACCGGGACGAGUUCGCGCUACGCCAAGAUGCUCAACAGCCCACCCGACAGCGUUCUGGAGGACGAGCCCGGCCGCUCGGCCUCCCAGACCUUCGCCGAGCUGCUCGAGCUCCAGGAGAUGAGGCCUCGCGCUCCGCCCAAGAGUCUACCCUUAGGCUCACCCUCCCGUCGCGCCGUCAGCGCAUCUCGAGCCGAGCGUCAGCGCGCCAAGUUGGCCGCCUCCGAGAGCACGGAGCGACCUACCCCGGGACCCGCGCCGCUCUACGUGUUCCUCGUCGGCGGCAAGGAGAAGGGACAGGUCACCGUCUUCGCCAGACCAGUCUCGCUCUGGAAGCUCCAGCUGGCUCCACAUAUCUUCUAACUCUUAUGGCUCUUCUUCCUGGGUGCAUCGUACACUUUUUCUUCUUCUUCUUCUUCUUCUUCUUCUUCUUCUUCGAGAGAGAGAGAUGAGGAGGCGACGGAACGUUUAAGGAGAAUCAAAAUGCAGGCGCGCUUCGGGCCCGAUUCGUUGUUAUAGUAUCGCUGGCAUGAUUAUAACGAUAUAGAGUAUGUGUUAAACUACGUGUGCGAGCUGUGGGUAUACUUAGGACUUUGCAGUCGAAUUACGGUUUGUAUAAUCUCAAUGCUCAUCAUCAUCGUCGUCAUUCGCGAACAUUGAAAGAACAGUACAAAAGCAUCUCCACAGAAUAGACAUACGUAUUUUAGACGAUUUUUCAGACAAGCGAUCCGCACGGUCCAGCACUCGUCAAUUCGACUGCGAAUGUCUCCGUUUCGUCCACGUGUAUUAACAAUUUGUUGACUGCGCGAUCAAUUAGUCCGAGACUGGAAUAAACGUCCCGCCAACACACCCCCGCAUGUAGCUAGGAUUAGAAGAAAAUAACACUUCCUCGACAUUCCUGUGUAAUAGUCCGGGGUACGUCGUCAGCUAUAAGUGUGUAUGUACGUGUUAUACUUGUGUAAUUAUAGCCACUUGUCUUGUAUACUUUUACCGGCGAUCAGCGCGGCCGAUACUGUGGAAUUACGUUACACGUUAUAACAUAAUCGCCAAUGAAACUCGACUAUAGAUAGCGUCUACGUAGUCGAGUCUAGGGAGUACGUAACAGUGCCAAAGAUUAAGGGGUAAUCGCGGGUUGGUUCGGGCGAGACUUAAUUGCCGCUCGAUUUUAGUCAUCGCAGUUUCGCAGCGCAUCGCCAUACUCUACCCGACUCUCGCGACACUCGUUAUCGAUGUUCGUGUUCGAUUAGCUAACUGAAUUUAAUUUAUAUACUAUACACAAGCCGCGAAAGCCGCGGCGACGUAGGCAAAAACUCAUCGACGACACGUCGCGCAGCGUAGCUUUAUAUCCGUGUAUAGAGGGCUCGAUGAGGUAUCAAUUAAAAACAGGAAAGGCUGAUGUGACAGAGAUAUAAAUAUAUAUAGAUAUCUAUAACUAUAGGUGAUACACGUAUAGUAUAAGGGAGUAAAGCAGGUGGACGAAAAAUUGCAGAAAACAGCCAUCCUUUGAGAACAUAGAUGAUAAAUUAUAUAUGCUAAAGCCGUGUGUUCGUGUGAGAUAUUAUACAUAUGUAAAGUUAUAUAACGUGAAAGUUGAAAAGUGCAAGCGCAAUCGAUUGUCGAUGAAAAAAAAAAAUGGUAUUUUAGUAAAAAAAAGAAGACGAGAAAAAAAGAGUAAAAUGUUAAGAGAGAGUGAGAGACGUAUUAACGCGAAGGGGCAGCCAAAUUUUAAGGAUUCAAUACGUAACACGUGUAUACGGGCAAGCUGCGCCUGUCCCAGACGACUUUUCUAUAUACUGGAACGAUUAUUAAGCUCUUUUCUAUUCGCGUUUCUGUUUCCUCCCUCGCGUAGGCGUAAAUUGUCUCCGAUGAAGAGAAAAAUGAUCGAAAAAGUUCUCUUUGGUCGAUCGAUUUUUCUCGACUUACACACACACACACACGCGAAAAAAAAAAACAAGAAUCAAAAUAUAACUGCUUGGUCACAACGAACUAGCUUCAUCGUCCAUCAAAAAGUGAUUGUACAAAGCCAAGGACAAACGGGAUUUUUUCAACGCGCGCGCGAGGCCUCGAGAAUAUUUUUUCAAAGUCCAAAGACUGUUCAAAGUUGCAUAUUACAUGCUUUUAUUUGUCAGGAUCUCUGCAUUUUUACCGAUAGUCGAACAGUAUAGUCAUUCGAGUGUAAAUGCCGAGAAAGUUGUUUCUUUUCGAUAUUAGCUAGAGUAAGCUUAGUUUUUUCCAAUGGAAAUAUUAGAGGCGAUAUCGAGAGAAUAAUGAUAAACGAGAGUAGCGAUAACGACUAGAAAGAUUAAAUAGUUAAAAUGCGUAAUAAUGUAACUUAUGUUCGCCCGGUUCUCUCGAAUCGGCUACUCGUGCGUCAAUGUUACUCAACUUAAUAUCCGUUAGAUUUAAAGUACAUUGGAAAAACACAAGCGAUCUACUGCUGUUAUAAUUAAUGUGAGGUAUCAUAAAUGUAAGCGUAAUUAUUAGUGGCGAUAUUUUGAAACUUUUUCAUCAUGGUUGCAUUUCAUAGUCCUUGUACACGAUAUCAGAUACGUAUUAUUACUAAAUCCUGUAAUUUAUUUAGUCGUUAAGGUCCUUAAUAAUUAUUGAAUCAAGGAUAGCGCUAGAAUCCAUACUUAUUAAGUUAAUCGUACAGCCCGUCCUUUUGCAUUCGAUAUUUAAAUUUUGUACGAGUUGAUGAAACUUUCACUUCGAGAUGAGAGUCUCGCUUUUAUUUUCGAUUUAUGUGGUUGUACAACAUCCAAUGAACUCUUAGAUCGUUUCUAGAAUAUAAUUCUUGUUGAUCGUAGACUAUGCAGAAAAAGGCGAGUCGGUCCUUUCAUCGAUGGUUUAUGUACGCGAAGAGUAGAUAGGGAAAUGUGCAAUAUCACCAGAAAAACGACUAUGUAUAGGAAACCAUAGAGAGUAUAAUAUGUAACAAUUAUACACCUACGCAGUACAUGCAUGUCCAUUGUGUGUAAAUAUCACGGCAGUCACGCAAUUAAAGAGUACCAAGGGAUUAAUAACGAAAAAUAAGGAAACGAGCAAAUUUCAUGUGAUGUGUUACGUGUACGCGUUGAUCUACAUAAUUAGCGCGGCACUUGUAUGCAGCGAGUGUCGCGGUGCGAUUCCGUCUGUACAAAGCGUAAAGCGUUGUGAAAACAUUGACGAAGCAAAAACGACGAAAGAAUCUUUUCUAUAUUUCGGAAUAAUCCUCACUGUCGUUCACCACCACGCAGUAUUUUACGACUACUUGAUAUAUAUUAUAGAGAUCCGAACCAAGAGAGAUAGAGAGAGAAAUCAGCGAAUCCGUCAAUAUAUGCGAAUGUUACGAGCAAGCAUUACUUGUAUUAAAUGUGUUUCGAAUCUAGCGCUUUUCUUAGGUAAUUUCAUUGAAUAUUUAUUAUUCGAUCAAUCGUACGUGAAAUGUUGAUUUUUUUUGUUAAUCUUCCGUUGGAGAAAAGAAUCUUGAGUUAAAACUCGAUCAAAUAAGCCACGAUAAAUAAAAUGAGCUCGAUAUCAAUACGAAUGGUAAAUGAAAAAAAGGCUAAAUUAAACAGUGUUGUGAAUACUGUGAUUACCGAUUAAAAUGGGAACAAGUUCAAUGAUACGAAUGACUUUGUUUAUAAUUUUUCAUUUCCACUAAGAUUGCAUUUGAUGAAGUGCAGCGAAGAGUUUAUUUGAAUUCUUCGUAUCUUAUGUGUCGUAUCGCAGCUUGUAUCAGAAAAAUCCGAUAAUUUUUUUCAUUUACUAUUUACGUUAUUCGUUAAAUUUAUCGUGUCGUGGUAUAUCAUAGCGGAUAAGUUUUGUUGUACAAUUUAAGUGAAAUUGUAAAUUACUUUUCUGGCUGUUACACUGUUUAUUUAUCUAUAAGCAAUCUUCAGUUAUUAAGUAAUUCUAAGUUAUCAUUAAGAUUUAUACAUCCAUUUAUGUGGUCUGUUAUUAACAAGUAAAUAAAAUAGCUAAAUACAGUAAA